AUGAUUAAACGACGAGAAGAUGAAAGUCAACAAGAUCAAUUAUAUAAUACGCGACCGAAUAGCCUAAAAGCCUUGUUAGGAGAGCCGCAGGUCCAUGAUGCUUUUGGGUGCAACAGAUUUUACCAUCUCGAUUGUUGUGGCAAUACUACUGUUGAUAUCUCACGAAAACUGCCAGCAAUGACAACCAGGCAGUGGUCUAACGCUAUCUACUCGCCCACAACCCAAACACCCGGUGACCUAACACUGGUUGACGUGCCCUUAGAACCCAUCACUAUAUCUCCCGACGAUUCCGAACAUCAUUUGGNAAAACUGCCAGCAAUGACAACCAGGCAGUGGUCUAACGCUAUCUACUCGCCCACAACCCAAACACCCGGUGACCUAACACUGGUUGACGUGCCCUUAGAACCCAUCACUAUAUCUCCCGACGAUUCCGAACAUCAUUUGGAGAGAUUCUGA